CGCACGACUCACUGCAGCUGGGACAGUGCGUAAGAUUCACUAGGGAAAAAAAAAAUAUACUUCUCCAUCCCAGAAGUCGUUUCGCUUUGGGUAAGUCGUCGAGUCAACCAAAACGUGCUUGCUUCUUCGCUUUUUCUCCCGCGAUCGUCUUUUCUACCUUCUUCUGCUCUUCCUUCGCUCCUGUGUUACUCUUCUUUCUACCUUGACCUUGCAAUUCUUCUCGUGGCAUCCCUCGCAGGUCCUGGUGUAAAUCCCCCUCAUAUAGUUCCCUCCCCAUACUUCGUGGUUUCUCUUCCCACGCCACCACCUUCUUGUCUAUACUCUAUACCCCCCCCCCCCUCGUACCCCGUUACUGAGAAGACGACCCCCAACACCCCGGAUUCUGUCUUUCUCUUUCCAAUCUCCUGUUCUCCAGCAAAUAAUGCAACCCAGUUGGCGCUCUUCAUCACAAUGACGGCUCACGUUUCCCAUCUACAGCAGGAAUUACCGGGUUCGAUUACCACCACAACCGGUCCAGUCACCCAAGUCCCCUGCGGUGCGCCCGAACCCGUUCCUUCACUCCACAGCCUCUGGGGCUUCCGAUCCGAACACCGUCGGUCGCUAGAAACAUCGACGGUCGUCGACGACGGGGUUGCUGUUAAGCCAGUUCCUCGCCCGGGCUAUCGCCGCCGCACAUCCAUACUAAGGAAGCUGGCGGGUCCGCGGGAAAACGCAAAGCGCCUCCUCCGCUUGGGGGGCCCGACUAUCCACCCUGCGCUGACGCCACCCACCCACCCAACCAUGCCCCAAACCCAUCGCCCUCGCCCGGUGUCUGAGAUUGUCUUGACUCCCGAAGAUGCCCAAAUGCUCAGUACUGCGGGUUUGAGGACCGGCAGAAUACGCUCCCACUCCUCGUCGACCGUGUCGUCCCCGGCAUCGGCCCACCAGACAAUGCCGACUUCGGAUCCGACUGUGCCGUUCCCGACCCUGCACAAUGAGAAGAUUGUGGCGACAGGCAGUGGGAUAAGCGUCGGCAUUGCGCUCACAGAACCGGUGCUCUUUCUCCAGGGAUACGAUCAAAACGAUCCUAGCACCAAGAAGUCGGCCAUUCUGCGCGGGCAGUUGCACCUCAAAAUUACCAAGAGUGUCAAGGUCAAGAAGAUCUCGAUCUGUUUCCGCGGACAUGCGCAGACCGACUGGCCUGAUGGAAUUCCUCCCAAGAAGGUCCAUUUCCACGACAAGAAAGAUCUGGUCACGCAUGGCGUCAUGUACUUCAACCACGGCGAUACCGCGCUGAUGCAGAAUGACUACGGUGCCCAUUUCUACCAACAUGCCAAGCCGAUCUCAGUGACCGGAAAGGAUGGCGCGAUGACAAGUACUCGCGAGCUGCUUUCCAAGACUGGAUCGUCCACCUCGCUGAGCAAUAGCGGCCAGCUCUCCACCAAGGACCUCAAGCGCCUCUCUCUACAGUCCAACCACUCCCGCAGUUUUGGGCGAAAUGAGCCGCCACCGCCUCCCGCACAUACCCAGCGCACAUACCGGUUGUUCCCCGUCGGCGACUACCUGUACAGCUUCGAGUUCCCGAUCGAUGGCUCUCUCCCGGAGACGAUCAAGACCGAUCUCGGCUCUGUCCGGUACGACCUCGAAGCGAUCGUGGAAAGGUCGGGUGCGUUCCGCCCCAACCUGCUCGGCACUUUGGAGGUUCCCGUGAUCCGCACGCCUGCGGAAGGCUCGCUGGAGCAGGUCGAACCGAUCGCAAUCUCUCGUAACUGGGAGGAUCAGCUGCAUUAUGACAUUGUCAUCUCAGGGAAAUCCUUCCCUCUCGGGUCCCAGGUGCCGAUCGCGUUCAAGUUGACACCCUUGGCCAAGGUUGAAUGUCACCGGAUCAAAGUCUACGUGUCGGAGAAUAUUCAGCAUUGGACUGCGGACAAGAGUGUCCAUCGCUUCCAGCCAGCCAAGAAGGUGUUGCUCUUUGAGAAGCGCGCGGACUCUCCCAGUACCAGCACCUACCCCGGUAGCUCUAUGCGCGUCACGGUCGGUGGCGGCAUCGAGUGGGAUCGUCGGGCGGCUGCCGCGAGAGGUGAGGAGAUUGUUGACCGGAACCGAACGAAUCUUCUCGGGAAUCUCUCCAGUGACUCGGGAGUUGGGCCGACCGAGAUGGAGUUCAACGUCCAGCUCCCCAGCUGCCAGGAGAUGCGCAACCGGGAUGAGUCUCAGCGGCUACACUUUGACACGACGUACGAGAACAUUCAGAUCAACCAUUGGAUCAAGAUUGUACUACGACUUUCCAAGGUGGAUGAAAGAGAUCCGGGCAAGCGGAGACACUUUGAGAUCUCCAUCGACUCUCCGUUCCACCUGCUUUCUUGCAAGGCCACACAAGCCAACAUCUACCUGCCAGCAUAUACCUCGCCUGACUCGGAUCCGUCGCCGCAGGCGCAGGAGUUUGAAUGCGGUUGUCCCGGGGCGCCGCCACUCCACCAGCGCAACGGCUCCAGCAGGCAGUCACUGUCAUCUGAUCGCGACGAAAUUCCGAUCGGAGGUGCGGUCUCGAGAAGCUUCACCAACGGGUCUGGCGGUCUGACUCGACCACCUCAAGCGCAUCUGGCCGACGAGCCAACCACCGAUCGCCCGCCACGUCCCAUGCAUCUUCUCCGGGCCCCAUCGUUUGCGCCGCCCCCCUUCGAAGACGUCCCCCCACCGCCUCCGCUCAUCACCCCGCCGCCCGAGUACAGCUCGAUCGUGGGGAACAACGAUCGGGAAUCAGUGCUGGAGGACUACUUCUCGCGGCUGACCUGCUACGAGGAGCACGCGGACGACGACCGGGGUCGCGGACGAGUGGACGUGCCUCUCACCCCGGGAGGCCGUGUAAACCGCAGCAUGGACGUCCCGCGCGAGUGGGUGCGCCUGGAGGAGGCUGUAUAAUUUCGACUGAUCGGAUGACGGCCCUCCCCGCGACGACGAGAAUAGGAAUUUACGACACUUACGAGAUUUGAUUUGAUUCUUUUUUUCUUUCAUUGUUUCUAGAAGGCCGUUUGGGAGUUGACGUUACAUAUGGUGUUAUUCAUUAUCGGGCCGGCUCACACACACACACACACACCGUUGUGUUUUUAUUGUUGAUUUGGGUUGGAUAUGGCGCCGAGGGUGGGGAUGUGGAAUGCAAUGCAAUGGAAUGGCGGGCGUGGGCAUAAACUGAAG